CAAUCCUCUCUCACACACACAUAUCGUUAAUUUAUAUAACUCUCUCUCACAUACAUAUCCACAAAAUUCAAAUCAAAACCAUUUUUUCAUCACCACCACACAUCAUGGCCAUUGCACGGUGGCUCAACCAAACCGCAGGCUUCUUCGUCUUCUUUUUCCUUGACAUUUUUGAUUACUUGCUUUGUUUCACUUACAAGACGUUAGAUUUCUUCUUCGAAUACGAAUGGAAACCUUGUUAUUGCUCUUCUCCACUCGAGGCACAAGCCAAGACCAGGAAGAUCAUAGUGUCCGAACGAGGAGAUUACUCAAAGGUCGUUUCUAUGACAAGAACUAAGAUCCAUUUCGAUGAGAUCUCAGACACACUUUACUCACGCAGUCCUUCGCUUCUAGUGAGGCUCUCCAAGCUCGUGAGCUCCGUGAAAUGCUUCAAUUAUACGGGUUUGAUGAUGAGACACAAUGUGGUGGAAUCUUGUGACAAUAAUGAUGAGUCUAAGAAGAAGUUUAUAAGUGGUAGCAAAAAGAGAUUAAUGACUUUGAAUUCUACGGUCGUUGAGAAAUCUCCAACAACACCAAGAUGGUCUGAUUGUCAUUGCAGCUUUUGCAUUUCGUGGCUUUCUUCUUCCAACAAAGAUUCUCUAUUUGUCAAAAUUCAACAACCUAAAGAUAAUAAGAAGGCACGAGACAACGUUGUAUUCAUACAUGGUUUCUUAUCUUCAUCAUCCUUUUGGACAGAGACUCUCUUCCCAAACUUUUCUGAUUCAGCCAAAUCGAAUUAUAGGCUCAUCGCAGUAGAUCUUUUGGGUUAUGGAAGAAGUCCAAAGCCAAACGACUCAUUGUAUACACUAAGAGAACAUUUAGAGAUGAUUGAGAAAUCGGUGAUCUCUCAGUAUAAACUGAAAAAGUUUCACGUAGUGGCUCACUCUUUAGGCUGCGUUUUGGCUCUUGCGCUUGCUGUUAAACACCCUGGAGCGAUAAAGUCCCUCACUCUCUUGGCACCGCCAUAUUACAAGGUGCCAAAGGGAGUACAAGCAGCACAAUACGUGAUGAGGAAAGUAGCUCCUAAGAACGUUUGGCCACCGAUGCAGUUUGGUGCGUCGCUAAUUAGCUGGUAUGAGCACCUUGGCCGCACCGUUUGCCUUGUACUCUGCAAAAGCCAUCGCUUGGUUGAUUCUCUCACUCGCCUCCUCACCUUAAACAGGAUGCGAACGUAUUUGAUAGAAGGAUUAUGUCACACACACAACGGGUCGUGGCACACAUUACACAACAUCAUAUUCGGAUCAGGAGGCAAGCUCGAUUCGUAUCUGGACCAUGUCCGUGACCACGUGGACUGUGACGUCACCAUCUUCCACGGUGGCAAGGACGAGGUUAUUCCUGUGGAGUGUAGCUACAGCGUCAAGACCAAAGUGCCACGUGCCACUGUCCACAUCAUUCCUGACAAAGACCACAUCACCAUUGUCGUCGGCAGACAAGAGGACUUUGCUCGAGAGCUUGAGCUCAUUUGGCAAAGAUCCAAAACUACUCAUAAGUGAAUGUGUAUAUAUAUAUAUAUAUAUAUAUAUAUAUAUAUAUAUAUGAUGAAACUAUCUAAACCAAAAAGAUAGAUAUAUUGUCCUUUUAUAGUUGGUUAACAUUUUGUUUUGUUUAUCUUUGUUCGAAGAAGAGAUGUCAAAACUAAUUUUAUUUUUCCUUUUAUGACAAAAGAAAACUAGAAUGUAAACGUAGC